AUGAUGAAAAGCGGUGAUAACCCUUCGAGUGACGCCGACUGGAAGGCUUCAUUAAAGUUACCAGAGAAAGAUGCUCGCAUUAAGACUGCCGAUGUUACCGCAGUUAAAGGCAACAGCUUUGAAGACUUCUGUUUGAAGCGUGACUUACUGAAGGGGAUAUAUGAAAAAGGUUGGGAAUAUCCCUCUCCUAUUCAAGAGUCGAGUAUACCCAUUGCCCUGACCCAUCGCGACAUUAUGGCCAGGGCCAAGAAUGGGACGGGCAAGACAGGCGCCUAUUCCGUCCCUCUUCUCGAGUCCAUUGAUCCCUCUCUGAACAAAAUCCAAGCCAUGAUCCUUGUUCCCACCCGAGAACUAGCCCUCCAGACAAGCCAGAUCUGCAUCGAGCUGGCGAAGCACACCGCCAUCAAAGUCAUGUUGGUCAUUGGCGGUACUCUCCUGAAGGAUGAUCUCAUUCGUCUGAGUCAGACGGUUCAUGUGCUGAUUGGUACCCCAGGACGGUUGGUUGACUUGUUUAAUCGUGGAAUCCUUGACAUAUCUCAGUGCAAAACCGUUGUUCUUGAUGAAGCUGACAAGCUGUUAUCUGAAGAACUCAAGGGCGCAGUCGAACAGUUAUUAGGCGCAGUUGACCCAAAUCGCCAAGUUAUGGUCUACUCAGCCACUUAUCCGGUUACCGUCCAGUCCUUCAUGGUCAAACAUCUGCGGAACCCUUAUCAGAUAAACCUGAUGGAGACCCUGACGUUGAAGGGCAUCACGGAGUAUUAUGCCUACGUGCAAGAGAAGCACAAG